CAAAGCAUGCCGGGCCUCUAGCAGUACAAGCCAUCCAAGAUGGCGGAACUUGUAUUAGAUCCUGCCAUUCGCCUAUGGGUUAUUUUACCUAUUGUAAUCAUAACUUUCCUAAUUGGAAUCAUAAGGCACUACUUAUCAAUACUUCUUCAUUCGAAAAAGGACGUGGAUUUGCAAGGUGUUACUGACAGCCAAGCGCUAAUGAGAAGCCGAUGCCUUAGAGAAAAUGGAAAGUUCAUUUGCCAAGAGUCCUUUGAACUGAGGAGGCAUUUCUUCAAUGAUGAGAAAGAAGGUUAUUUCAAGAAAACUGACCGUAAAGGCCAAGUAAAGAACCCUAUCUCAGAUCCAACAAUGAUGGUGGAUAUGGCCAAAGGGAACAUCACUAACGUGUUACCAAUGAUCCUGAUUGGCGGCUGGAUCAACUGGCAUUACUCUGGAUUCAUAACAACCAAAGUGCCAUUUCCUCUGACUUUGAGGUUUAAAGCAAUGCUCCAGCGAGGCAUUGAAUUAAGCAAUCUAGAUGCAUCAUGGGUCAGCUCUGUGUCUUGGUACUUCAUCAAUGUCUUUGGGCUCAGGAGCAUGUAUGCUUUAGUUCUUGGUGAAAAUAAUGCUGCUGACCAGACCCGCAUGAUGCAGGAACAGAUGCAAAUGCAGAUGCCACCAGAUCCAAGCAAAGCAUUCAAGGCUGAAUGGGAAGCUCUUGAAAUUGUAGAGCAUGAAUGGGCACUGGAGAAUGUUGAGCAAGAAAUGAUAGAAGAUUACUCUCCUUCUGAUAUCCUAGCAGUGACUAAAGACAAAUACGCGUAGAUGUUAGGAACAUAGCCAUGUAUGGAGCAUACAUCUUAGCAAACCCAAGACAUAAAGGGUCGAUAUGUAUUUGUUUGACAGUAUACUAUUCCAUUCUGUUCUGAAAUUAAGCAGAACCAAGAGAGCAUUCUCGCAUGCUCUCUUAGCAAAACAAAAAUAUUUAUGCAUUUUUAUAGCAGCAUAAAAACGGUGCCUACUAAAUACCAAUAUGCAUGUAUUCCAUAGCUUCAGGCGUAUGGUGUGUUUUUUUUUCUCGCGAAAACCAGCUACUUUUUUGCGAGAAUACGACUAUCAAACUCCUUCAUGUAGGGUACGUCACUUUGCAACUGUAUAAAGUUAAAAUAUAAUAGCAAAUGCUAUUCAUAAAAGUUUGGGUCGCCACCUCUAUUUCCGAUUGAGCGUUUGUGAGCAUUUGUUAUUGGAAAAUGUGCUAAUGACUCGGGUCAUUAAAUACACCAGUAUUUUUUGUUGAUGACUCCGUGAAAUAAAGUUCGAUUCGUACUUCA